AGAAUCAAUACCCAACCGGCUACACCCACUCCCAUGACCAAAACAAGAGGGGGGAAGAUUAAAAGAACAUAAAAAAACAAGUUUGGUGUAUUGAAUGGAGGAGAAGGCUAGUUGGGGAGCUCAGAAACCCAGAAAAGACCAGCUAAGUAAAUACAUUUGACCAUGUGACAGACAUAGGUACAUAAGUUUUGGGCAGAGUCAUUUAAUUGUGAAGGCCUCUGUUGCUUUCAGUUCUGUUCUUGUGUAAUGGUGGAAGGGAACAACACCUGCAGUUUCUUCAGUAUUCUUCAUUAAAAAAGGUGCUCCUGCUCUCCAAAAGAAUCUAACUAAGGACCACCUUUGUUUUUUCCUUUCAUUGUUGGUUUCUUAAAGAAAUUUAGUUGGAUGCAGUAACUGGGUCAUUUCAAUGGGGGCCAUUUAUGAAAUAUGCUUCUGUUACUGCUGCAUCAUUUCUGGAUUAGGUAGUACUGUUGUUGUAGUAACUAGCAACUUGGUAGGUUUUUGGCUCAGCGUUGAUUGACUGAUUGAUUGACAAUAAAAGUUUAGCUUGUUUUAUCUCUGGCCACUCAGCCUUUUAGAAUUAGCCUAAAUUUGUAGUUCUUGUAAUUAGGCCUUAUGGCCUCCAAUGACCAACAAGACAAGAAUGCUGUAUUUGAUAGAAGAAAUUCGAGUGCUAGUGUGAACGUGAACUUUCAGACUUCAGGACCUUGUACAAACUCUGCUAUGAUGAAAAACACUGUACCCACAAAUAAAACAUCUUCAUUGCAAAAUGUGAAGUCCCCUGUUCCCAAUGCUUCAUACUUUAGUAGCUGGGAAACUAGUAGUAGUAUGCCUCUCAAUUCAAACACAUUAGUGGGUUCUUCAUCGAUUCCAAGCAAUGCCAUUGAUAAUGGUGGUAGCAUGGCUAGUGAUGGUGUAGUUAUUGGUAGAUCAAGUGGGUCUUCUUCUGCUUUGGCAUUUAGAUCUUCAGGGGGUUGGAACGCUUCUGGGAUUUUAAUGCAGAGUGGAGGAACAUCGACACCAGGCAUGAUUCAGUUAGCUUGUGAUAAUGGGUUUGCAGAAAGAGCUGCAAGAUUCUCUUGCUUUGGUGGGGCUGGUGGUAGUGGUGCUGCUUUCAAUCUCAGUGAAGCUGUCUUCACCAGAUCUGGGGUUGAUAAUUCAGUCAUCCCCAAGAUCCCCAGACCUACAAAUAUGGCUGAACUGAUCAAGGCUGCUGCUUCUCCGUCGAAGGAAGAAGUUUGCACUCCAAGAAAAGCUGGAAGGCUGUCAAGGUCUUCCACGCCAGGAGGCAAUGACUCUGAUGAUGCUGAAGCCAGUACUGCUAGAGAGGAUUCUUCCAGUUCAGAACAGAUUACAGGCGAAGCUGCUGGAAGGAAACGCAAGCAAAUGCAACAAUUGCCGAAGGAUAAGGCAAAGGAAUUGUCUCCGUCUGAAGCUGGAAUGGAUAGAAAGAGUAUAGAACCCCAGUACAUAGCUCCAGAAGGUUUGUUGGAGAAGGAUGAUAUAAAAUCCAAGGCAGAACAAAGUUCUAGUGUGAAUGCUAAGGCUUUAGAUGCACCCAAAGAAGAUUACAUUCAUGUCAGAGCAAGGCGAGGCCAAGCAACUAAUAGUCAUAGUCUUGCAGAGAGAGUGAGAAGGGAAAAGAUUAGUGAACGCAUGAAGUUUCUGCAGGAUCUUGUUCCUGGAUGUAGUAAGGUAACCGGAAAAGCAGUGAUGCUUGAUGAGAUAAUAAAUUAUGUUCAGUCACUUCAACGGCAAGUCGAGUUUUUGUCAAUGAAGCUUGCAGCUGUUAACCCUCGUUUGGACUUCAACAUAGAAGCACUUCUCGCUAAAGAUUUGCGAGGCUCCUUACCAACCAUGCUGUGUGCCCCGGAAGCAAAUACCUCAUAUCCCCAGCUUCACCAAUCCCAACAGGGGCUUCUCCAAGUUGCGACAGAAGGACAUGGUGUGCUAAACCAAGCAGAAGCAAUUAGAAGAACAAUGAAUGCCCAAUUAGCAUGCGUUGAUGGUUAUGGAGAUGCUCUUGCUCAGUUAUCGAAUGUAUGGGAUGAUGAGCUCCAAAGCAUUGUACAGAUGGGAUUUGCGCAAAAUAUUCAAACUCCUUUUAAAUCCCAAGGAAACAGUGGGUCAAUGCCCACAAGCAAUAUGAAGGCUGAACAUUGAUUACGAUCUUUGUUUGUUUACUAGAAACUAAGAUUUGAAGUGGGACUUGUGCUCCUAAAUGGCUCAGAAUUAAUGAGCUGAUAGGCUCCAAGAAUUCCAGAUACACAUCAAGCAGGGUGAGAAAUAUAACUUGAUGAUCGGCACUCGACCUAAAUUCUAAGCUGGAUGCUUGGAUCAUCUGUACAUACAGGAGAGUCCUGUAAUCAGAAUCUCUGCAACUGGCAUGGCUCAUGGAUCAUGAAAUUUCGAAUUUCUAUGCGAAAUCCAUUACAAAGAUAAUCCUCCAAUUAUCGUACAAAAUUAAUGUAAAUCUGGCAUUAUGUCCAGACAAAAUAGGUCUAAAUUCAAAUGUAUAAUUUAUACAGUAUUCAGUCUUAUCAAUAAACCUUAUUGUUGUUAGUCA